UUUUUUUUUCCAGAACUGCUUCAGUCUAGCUGGUUUUAAUUGCGUAGGAGAUCCGCAAACAUGCCGCCUCACGAAGGACUUGUCCACCUCGAAGAGUAUGACCUCAAGGAUUCCAACGUGGAGCUUAUUGGGUCGGAUCUUGAUCACAAAGUUAAGUACAACUCCGCCGCCUCGGAACCAGCAUGGAACAACGGCGUCGUCGGUCGGGAGCCAGGCCUCUUCGUCUGGCGCGUGGAAGACUUUCAGGUGAUCCCCCUGCCGGGGGAUCAGCACGGCCAGUUCUACGACGGCGACAGCUACGUCGUGCUCCGCUCCGCCCAGGUCAGGAAGGCUGGCCACGCGCGCCUCGUGCACGAGAUCUUCUUCUGGCUCGGCUCCAAGACGUCGCAGGACGAGGCCGGCACGGCCGCGUACAAGGCCGUCGAGCUCGACGAGUUCCUCGGCGGCGCGGCCGUCCAACACAGGGAGCUGCAGGCGCACAUGUCGGACGACUUCGUGGCCCUGUUCCCGCGCAUCGUCGUCCGCAGGGGCGGCGUGCGAAGCGGCUUCCGGCACGUCGAGCAGGAGAAGGAGCCGAAGCGGGUGACGACGUUGCUGAGGAUCUUCAAACACCCGUCAGCAAAGCCGUCGGACUCGCUCAUGGUCGUCGAAGUCGAACCCAGAGCGAGCAGCCUCGACGAACACGACGUCUUCGUUCUCGACAAAGGCGACAAGAUCUGGGUCUGGCAGGGCCGCCAUGCCAGCCCGAUGGAGAAGGCCAAGGCGGCGCAGGUCGUCAGCGAUCUCACCCUAGCCAAGCACGUCGACGUCGAAGUCGUCUCGCAGGCCGAGCCACGUUCGAAGAUUGUGCUCGAUCAGCUGCGAAGUGGGGAGAACAACGACGACGACGGCGACGGCGACGGCGAAGGCGAAGGCGACGCCCCGCGCAGGUCCGCGAGGCCGGUGAGCGCAGAGGAGGCCGCUCGCCAGCCGCGGCUUUUGCGCAUCAGCGACGCCGGCGGCCGACUCGCUCUCGACGUGGUGAAGAGCGGGGCCGCGACCCUGCGCGACCUCCGCAGCGACGACGUCUUCUUGUUCGACACCGGAAAGGUCGUCUGGGUGUGGGAGGGCAGCGGCGCAAGCCGGCAGGAGAAGGCCAUGUGGAUCGAGGUCGCCCAGGCGUACAUCCGGCGGCUUCAGCAGGAGACGGGGGCUUCGCACCUCGUUCCGGUCGCGAAGGUCACCGAAGGGAACGAGAGCCCGGCCUUCUUGGAGGCCCUGGAGAAUUAA